AUGGUUUUGGCACCUUCAGCUGAAGAGCCGAGUGAUCCAGCUCUUCAGGUGAUGAGCCCAAGCGCUACUGCUGGGCGGGACACGGCUCCGCAGCAAGCUGAGGUGAUGGAAGGCUCUCUUGGAGCACUGCCGAACGGUGUAACUCCAAGGGAGCUUCAGCCAGCGAUGAGUGAAUCCAGACCUGGAGCGGGUGAAGUAAUCCCUUCAACUGUAGACGAUUUCCUUUCCAGUGGAAGGACUGGGAGGAGACAGGACGCAAGUGAUCUGACUGAGGCCCCGGCCGCUGGAAGUGCUCAGGUCGCAGUGCCUAGCAGUCAGGCAACAGGUGGCCAGGCUUCAGUUGCUGCAGCUAUGGCGCUGGAAGAUGGGAGUGUGCAUGCAGUGAGAGCAAAUGUGGAGGUUCAGCAGGGAUCUUCGUCGUUGACGGUUGUGCGCUGGAUUUCGCGUUUGAACGAACUCUUGACCAACCAAGGACAGUCUGUGUUGGGUUCGGUUGGGUUAAAUACGACGCCUACUCAAGGGCCCUGA